AUGGCUAUUUCACCCCAUGAUGCCCUUGUCCUGGCCGUCUACCUCUUUGCCUUCGUGGCCGGCCUCCCUGCCAACCUUCUGGCCUUCUACACAUUCCUAGCAAAAUUGCGCCGAAAGGCAACCCCUAUAGACAUCCUCUUGUUCAACCUGACCAUCUCUGAUGUCAUCCUCCUUCUCUUCCUGCCCUUCAAGAUGGUGGAGGCAGCCUCGGGCAUGACGUGGCCUCUCCCUGACUUCCUUUGUCCUCUCACUGGCUUCUGUUACUACAGCAGCAUCUACCUCAGCACCCUGUUUCUCACGGCAAUCAGUGUGGAGCGCUACCUGGGUGCUACCUAUCCAAUCAAGUACAAGUUGAAUCGCCGGCCAGUCUACGCAAUGGUGGCCUGCUUCUGCUUCUGGCUGCUCGCCUGUUCCCACUGCAGCAUUGUCUACAUUGUCCAGUUCCAGGUGAAGGACCUCAGCAAUGAGACUGACCCCUUCCCAGCCAACAUCUCCAAAUGCUAUGAGAAGUUCUCCCCCAAACAACUCCAAAUCCUCCUCCCCGUCCGCCUGGAACUCUGUGUGAUGCUAUUCUGCCUCCCUUUCCUCGUCUGCCUCUUCUGCUAUGUCAACUUAGUCCGCAUCCUGGCCUCCAUGCCUAACAUCCAAACUCGCAGGAAGCAACGAGCCAUCGGGCUGGCUGUGGUCACUCUGCUCAACUUUGCCAUCUGCUUUGCUCCCUACAACAUCUCCCACAUUGUGGGCUUCAUCCAGAAUGAGAGUCCUCCCUGGAGAGUGUAUGUUUUGCUCCUCAGCACUCUCAACGCCUCCUUGGACCCAGCAAUCUUCUACUUCUCCUCCACUGCCAUCCAAAGGACCUUUGCCAACUGUUUUGCCAGAGUGGCCCGCAACUUCCAGGCUCUCACACCAUGGUGUAAUCAGCUGUGUUGGCACUGCUGUGAUUCUGAGGGAGAGAGCAGUGGGGCUGACAAGUCCUCCAUUUCUAACCUGGGGGAGCUGCCCCCUCAGAGGAUUGGGUAG